AUGCCCGCUUCGGAAACACCUCCGAGUGACGACGCGCGCAAGCGCAGAGCUCAUAAGAAGUCUAGAAAGGGAUGUGGAAACUGCAAGUUGCGGCGGGUCAAAUGCGACGAAACUAAACCCAAAUGCGUGAAAUGCGUCUCCUACGGUGUGACGUGCUCCUACGCUCCCACCUCCGCCGCGACGGCCCUGUCCGUGGAGGUGGCCUUCAAAGUCGACCUAUCGUCUACUGUUACUACUACUACUACAAUUACAACUACUACUCCCACACCUCCUCAACCCAAACAAAGGACUUGUUCCGCUCCUCCGCUCCAGAGAGCCGCCCCUCCUCCUCGAGCUCAGCCCCCUUUCCCGCCCCGUUACGUCCCUCCGCCGUUACCAUGCACAGGUUCCAUGGAGAGCCCGGACGCGGCGUACCAGUUGACCCCAACAGAUGUCCGUCUCCUCGAACGGUUCCAGAAGAGGACGAUCCUGAGCCUCGGGACCCCGCGCAGCAGAUCAAUCUACGAGAAGAAGACUCUGCCCAUUGCAUUCUGCGUAAGCCUCGUACCCCCAAACCCCCCCCUUUCCUCUGAUCUACCACCUAAUAAAACCAUCAAGCACCCCGUCGUAAUGCACACCGUUAUAGCAAUGACCCACCUCCACGAUAUGUCCUUGACCCCAAACCUGCCCCCUACCCCCGGCACCCAGACGGCCCUAGCCUACCACUGGUACCGCGGCGUCUCCCUCCUCCACCGCAAGCUCUCAGCCCCGAUCCUCCCCGCCGAGCGCGACGCCCUCUGGCUGGCCUCAGCCUUUAUCGGCGUCGCCGCCUUUGCCAACGUCGCCACCCUCGCCGCGCCCCGCGACGCCUGGCCCCUGCGUGACGCGUGCGCCUCGGACCUGGACUGGAUGAAGCUGGGCGACGGGAAGAAGCAGGUCUGGAAGAUGACGGAUACGCCGUGCGCGCCGCGCGGGGUAUUUUCCGACGUGGCGAACGAGUUGUACGCGCAGUUGAUGCAGCCCGAUGUGCUCCCCAUCGGCGGUGACGAUGGGGGCGAGGACGGAGGGACGACGACGGGCACGUGGAGCCCCCUGCCAGAGGGCUUCGCGGAUCUCUUUGGCCUCCGCGAGGACCCCACGCACGCGAACCCGUACUUCUCCGCCGCCGUGUCCCUGGUCGCGUGCUGGCGGAUCCCCGCGUCGGCGGACCCGGACUCACGGGAGCUGGUGAAGCCAUUCAUGGGGUUCAUCAGCAAGCUGGACCCGCGCUUCCGGAGGCUGCUCGAGGAGAAGGACGAGCGGGCGAUGCUGCUGCUGGCGUACUGGUUCGCGCGGGUGUGUGACCGGAAGCACUGGUGGAUGUGCAAGCGGGCCGUGCUGGAGACGUGGGCGAUUUGUGAGUACCUAGAGACACGGUGGAAGGGGCGGUGGGAGGUGAGGCUGGUUGAGUUCCCGCGGAUGAUGGCGGAUCAGUGCGGGUUGUGA